UUUAAUUGUCAGCCAAAUCCUCCCUUUGAGUACUUUGGUUAUUUAAAGGUUUGAAGACAAAAACAUUAGUAUUAUAUAUAUAUAUAUAGAUAUAGCGAUAUAGCUUCUUAAUAAUCCAAAUUAAGAUGGGUUUCUCUUUCUUUCCAUACCCAAAUUUCGAAACACAAACAGAGUUAUCUCAUAGUUUGACAAGAUCAUCAGCAACAGCUUUCUCUUGGGAAUAUGAUAUUGAGUUUCCUUAUAGCCAAGAUUUAAUUUCAUUUGAUACUACCAUUGACAUUAUUGGUGAUGAUUCCAAAAAUAGGCAUCCUUCGGAUGACAACAGUAUAGCGCAAGAAAUAGCAAGAGAAAUGAUAUCAUCAGAAACCAUUUCCUCAUCAAAUGUUCACGAAAGGAAACGAGAAGGAAGAGGAUCGAGCAAGAACGAGAGAUCGUCAUAUAUAGGGGUUCGGAGGCGGCCAUGGGGGAAGUAUGCGGCGGAGAUAAGAGAUUCAACAAGGAACGGCAUGCGGAUUUGGCUUGGAACAUUUGAUAGUGCUGAGGCUGCAGCUCUUGCUUAUGAUCAAGCUGCAUUCACUAUGAGAGGCCCUACGGCUGUCCUAAAUUUCGAUGUCCAAAGGGUCCGAAACUCGCUCAGAGAGAUGAACUAUGGCUGCAAGGCUGGGUGUUCUCCAGCAAUCUCACUCAAGGAGAGGCAUUACCUGCAGAGAAAGUUGUCCAAAUCUCGGAAAGUUAAGGCACAAAAGUUAGAAUCCGCGACGACCACAAAGACGAAUAUGUUGGUGUUAGAGGACUUGGGAGCUGAAUAUUUGGAGGAACUUUUAGGUUCUUGUAUGUGAACUA